UUUUUAUCUUCAUUUGUUGUUAUUUUAUUAAUUUUAUUUUUAGUCUUUUAUUUUUUCCAUGUAAUUUUUAUCCUUUUUGUGUGUGUUGUCUUGUGAAAAACAAAUAAAAUUAUUUAUUGUUUUCUCAAUGUUAUGCAAUUAUGAACGUAUGUGCCUUAAAACAACACAAAGACAAAUACUUCCAAUAUCAGCAAUCUUUACCUUGGCAUCUAGGGAUGUGUGAAUGAAUGAGUGUACUUGCCAAGUAAAAGCACAAUACCAAAAGUUAAUAAUGAGUCCUUUUAGAAGUAAGAAACCCCGAGUAUUUCCUGUAAAGGUUAUAACAUUUGAUUCCGAGUUGGAGUUUGAGUUGGAGCAGCGGGCAAGUGGUCAAGAUUUAUUUGACCUUGUUUGUCGCACAAUUGGUCUGCGUGAAUAUUGGUACUUUGGCUUGCAGUAUAUCGAUGCACGAGAUAAUGUGGCCUGGCUAAAGAUGGAGAAAAAGGUUAAGGAUCAAAGACUUAAGUUGCAGCCAAAUGGAUUUUAUGUUUUUAGCUUUUAUGCUAAAUAUUUCCCUGAAAAUGUGAGCGAAGAGCUGAUACAAGAGAUAACACAACAUCUAUUCUUUCUGCAAGUUAAACAAAGUAUACUUUCAAUGGAUAUCUAUUGCCGACCAGAGGCGUCCGUCUUGUUGGCUUCUUAUGCUGUCCAUGUGCAAUAUGGACCGUAUGACGCGGAAACGUAUCAAGAUGGCAAAUUGCAAGGUGUGGAUUUACUGCCAAAGGGCGUUACCGAUCAGUAUCAAAUGACUCCAAAGAUGUGGGAGGAACGUAUAAAGACAUGGUAUAUGGAUCACGAACCCAUGACACGAGAUGAGGUCGAAAUGGAAUAUUUAAAAAUUGCUCAAGAUCUGGAUAUGUAUGGUGUCAAUUAUUUUCCCAUUUCCAAUAAGAAUAAAACAAAACUUUGGCUUGGUGUUACUGCUGUUGGUCUUAAUAUUUAUGAUUAUCAUAAUAAGCUAACGCCUAAAACAACGUUUCAAUGGAAUGAAAUACGACAUGUUAGCUUUGAUGAUAAAAAGUUCACUAUACGCUUGGUGGAUGCAAAAGUUUCCAGUUUUAUAUUUUAUUCGCAAGAUUUGCAUAUAAACAAAAUGAUUUUGGACCUCUGCAAAGGUAACCAUGACUUGUAUAUGAGACGACGAAAGCCAGACACCAUGGAAAUUCAACAAAUGAAAGCUCAAGCCAAGGAGGAAAAACAACGCAGACAAAUAGAGCGUAAAAAGUUUUUGAGAGAGAAAAAAUUGCGAGAACGAGCCGAACAGGAUCGUUAUGUCUUAGAGGCUCAAUUGGAGCGUUUACAGGAGGACAUGAGAUGUGCCAGCGAUGCCCUACGACGAUCAGAAGAAACUAAAGAAUUGUAUUUUGAAAAAAGUCGUGUCAACGAAGAGCAAAUGCAGUUAACCGAAUGCAAAGCCAAUCACUUUAAAAGUGAAAUGGAUCGUCUACGCGAAAGGCAAAUGAAAGUGGAAAGGGAAAAAAUGGAACUGGAAAAGAAAAUAAGAGAGGCCGAUUUCUUUGUACACCAGCUGACAGUGGAAAAAGACAAACGCGAGGCAGAGGCGGAAAAACUAAAAAAAGAACUCAUAUGUGCCAAAUUAGCCGAGAGGGAGGCCACCGCUCGCCUUUUAAAUUUUCUAAAUCGCGGGCGUAAAAACUCACAGGAUAGCAUGUUACCGCCAAACAUAACUGUAAAUUCAUCAAGUUCUUCCAACAAUAUGACCGCUUCUGUAAGCACACCCUCCUUAACAAAUAGCAAUUCAACUGCCGAUAUUAAUGAAUCAACAGCUGCUGUUGAUCUGACCACAAACGAUUUAAAUCUCAGCACUCACAACCAUCAUCAACAUCGCGAUGAUGAUUCCGAAAAUGAAUUCGAAACCAAGGAAUUCAUUUUAACCGACAGUGAAAUGGAGCAAAUCACCAACGAAAUCGAACGUAGCCGUUUAGAGUAUCUAAAGAAGCAUAAACAGGUACAAAAUCAGCUACAAACUCUACGCUCCGAGAUUGAACUAUUAAAAAUCGAGGAGAAUCAAACAAAUUUGGAUAUUCUAAGUGAAGCCCAACUGAAGGCAGGCGAAACAAAAUAUUCAACAUUGAAGAAAUUGAAAUCUGGUUCCACCAAAGCGCGUGUGGCUUUCUUCGAAGAACUGUAGUUUUUAUAUAAGUGCACUUAUCAUACAAGGAGCUGGUGCUCUUCUUUGCCAAUUUUUGCAACUAACAUACCUACAUACAUUUUAACAUACAUAUACACACACAAAACACAAAGGUAUACCAUACAUAGCCCUAAGGAUAAGAAACGCAUCACAAUCAAAAUAAAAUAAAACAAAACAAAACAAAAACACCAUGCAAGAUGUGAGAAAAAUAAACAUUAUGUUUAUUAUGAAUUUACUGAUAUUUAUAGAUUUUUAAAUGAAACGAUUUAAAUAAAAUCAAAAGCGAAUAUUAA